AUGGAGCUCUCCAAUCUAUUCCUAAGAAAAAUCAUGUACGACGAAUUCAUACUGGACCAAACGCGGCCCCGUACAGAGUCAUUCGGAAAACUCUCUGGCGUCGUUUCGUCGGAGAAGGUCUAUUAUUUUCUAUUUCAAAUCGCGUACCUGGUUAUCUUCGUCGUCCUGUCGCUCCUCUCCACCGCCGCUGUCGUCUACACCGUCGCGUCAAUCUACACCGGCCGCGACGUCACCUUCAAGCCGGUGAUGAGCGUCGUCCCCAAGGUCUGGAAGCGACUCCUCCUGACAUUUCUCUGCGUGUUCAUCUCCUACGUCGGCUACUCCAUCGCCAGCUUGUUCGUCAUCAUCUCCCUCCUAGUCCUCAUCAUCUUCAUCGGCCACAUCACCGGCUCCGGCGUCAUACUCCUGAUCUACGCCUUCCAGAUCCUAUACCUCGCCGGCGCCUUCUACCUGAUGACGAUCUGGCAGCUCUCGAACGUCGUCUCUGUUCUAGAAGAUUCCUACGGAUUCAAAGCCAUGGCCAAGAGCUACGCCUUGGUGAAAGGGAAAUUAGGGAUUUCCGUGGUUAUAAUCCUUCUCCUAAGCCUCCCUCUCGGAACGGUGCGUUUUAUGUUUGGGCAUUUGGUGGUUCGUGCGGCAGCGUUGGGAGUUGUCUCCAAGGGCGUUUUGGGGAUUUUGUGCUUCUUGUUGUUUUUCGUGUUCUAUUUGUUGAAGCUGGUGACGGAGACGGUGUUGUAUUUCGUCUGCAAAUCAUACCAUCAUGAAAAUAUUGACAAAUCUGCCCUCUCAGACCAUCUCGGAGAGUAUUUGUUAGGAGAAUAUGUGCCGUUGAAACCUAAGGAUGUUCAACUUGAAAAAAUUCAAGUUUGA